UCGGGUGGCGGAGGAAGGAAAGAUGGAGCCGCGAGCGGUGCCGAGUGACCUGUACCCGCAGGUCUAUAGCUUCUUGCGGGAGAACAAGUUCGACAAGGCAGCUAAAGCCUUCCUGAAGCAGUCCAACGCGAAAAUUCCGGAUAUAAAGUCACCUUCUCUUGUGGACAUUUUUGACUUUUGGGUGAAGUCAUCAGGGAAAGCGAAGAAAAGGCAGGCUGUACCUAACGGUCCUCCUGCAAAAAAGGCCAAGAAAGAUGUAUCUUCCAGUAGUUCAGACAGCUCGGACAGCUCUGAGGAAGAACCUACUCCAAAGAUGCCAGUGAGCAAACCACCAACCUCUGCUGUAAGCAAACCCGCUGCCAAAAAUGUUGUGACAAAGAAGAAAAGCAGUAGCAGUGAAGAUUCAAGUUCUUCAGAUUCAGAGGAAGAAACAAAGCCAGCGCAGAAGGCUGUCACUGUUAAAAGUGCGACCCCUGCAAAUAAAGCAGCUCCAGCUAGCAAACCUGCUGCCAGGAAGAAAGAUGUAAGCUCUAGCAGUGAAGAUUCGGACAGCUCAGAGGAUGAGAAACCUGCUGCAAAAGCUUCUGUGAAACCAGGGAUCCCUCCAAAAGCUGUCACUAAAGCAGCCGAUGAGAGUAGUGAAGAUGAUUCCAGUGAUGACUCGAGUGACUCUGACUCAGCUGCAAAUAAACCACUAGUGUCUGCACAAAAAAUCAUGCAAAAGAAAGCUCAGCCAACCAAGUCUCCUGUUGGAAAGGCACCAAAUCCAAAAUCCGCAAUCCCAGCUAAACCAGUGGCAGCCACAACAAAAGAGAGUUCAAGCAGUGAAGAGUCUGACAGUUCAGAUGAUGAGCCACCUGCUGCAAAAACUAAAGCACAACAAGGUUCCUACAGUGCAGUACCACCUCCCAAAGAUCAGAAUGUGAAGGCAGGUGCAGCCAAGAAGGUAUUAGGAAAGGAUGUGGCCAAAAAGAAACCAACAACAGAGGCAACCAAGAAAGUGGCAGCUAAGGGGGAUGCCAAAAAGGCGCCGACUAAGGAUGCGUCCAAGAAGGCACUGGCUAAGGAUAGAGCCAAAAAGACACCAGCAAAAGAGGCGACCAAGAAGACACCAUCUGCAGGUGUGACCAAAAUGGAAAUCAGUGAAUCGUCGGAUGAUAGCUCAGACAGCAGUGAUGAAGGGACACCCAUGAAACCUGCCACAACAAUUGCACAGGCAAAAACCAGUCAUGUGCCAGCCAAGAAAGCCACUGCUGCUCAGAAACCUACAGCCAAGAAAGCUUCUUCCAGCUCAGAUAGUGAGUCCGACUCUGAUAGUUCUGAAGAGGAGGCCAAGUCAAAUCCUGCAUUGAAAACUGUUGCAAACCCCCUGCAGAAAACAGCCGCAGCCCAAGCGAAGAAACCAGAGAGCAGCUCGGACUCUGACUCAGACAGUUCCAGUGAUUCUGAUGAGAAGAGCAGGGCUGCUGCAGCCACCAAACCAGCUGGCAAAGCCAGUGCUGCACCUGGGAAACCAAUGAAGCAACUCGCUUCAGCAACUAAGGUGGCUGCAGCGGCUGAAGAAAGCAGUUCAGAUUCAGAAGACUCCAGCAGCGAGGAAGAGGCUAAAACUCCAGCUAAAACUUCAAUCCCCGUGACAGCCAAAUCUGCAGCUGUGACAGCAAAAAGCAAUUCACUGGCAGUGGCAGGAAAAGCCAAACCCUCGGCGGUGAAGAAAGAUGAAAGUAGCAGUUCUGAAGAAACUUCCAGCGAUGAUGAGCCUCAGUCAAAAUCACCAGCGGCCCAAGUAAAACAAGUAAAAGCCACUUCUACUCCAGUGGCUGCAAACUCUGCAGCCAAGAAAGCUGAAAGUAGCAGCAGCAGCAGCUCGGAUAGUUCUGAGUCAGAUUCAGAGGAAGAGAAGCCAAAAGGCAGGCCAACUGUUCCGAAUGAUGUGAAAACACCCACCAUAGUCCCUGCAAAGAAGACCGCAGAGACCAGCUCUGAAGAAGACUCUUCUGAUGAGGAGGAGGAGAAUACCAAGUCAGUAAAUGAUACAGUAAAUAGCAAAGCGAAGAAGGAAAUGGUGUCUUCAGGCAAUGUGAAUAUGGCAAGCCAGAAAGUGCGAAAAACUCCGAACACAGUUCCAAAAGCAAAAAAGAAAAACCAGACCAAGAUAACGCCUGGAGUUAAGCCUCAACCUAAUACUCCUUUCCGUAGAGUAAGAGAAGAUGAAGUUGAAAUUGAUCCACGGUUUUCAAAUAACUCAUUUACUGCGAAGCGAGGGGCAUCAGGAGACUGGGGUGAAAAGGCAAAUCAUGACUUAAAGUUCACAAGAGGCAAAUCUUUCAGGCACGAGAAAACAAAGAAAAAACGUGGAAGCUAUCGUGGUGGUUCCAUCGCCAUGACGGUGAACUCUAUCAAAUUCGACAGUGAAUGAACAUGAACUGUUUAAUCCCAAUUAGUAGUCAUUUUACAGAAGUCCAUUUUUUUAAAAUAUAAAUGGUUUAACUCAGAGUGUGUAGUUUCAGUACUUUUUUAUGUUCGAAAUCUCUAGUGAAUUCUCUGGAAAUGUAUCAUUCUUUCCAGGCCAAGUUGGUAUUUAAAAUAAAUUGUUUUUGAUUGAAAUACAUAUUUAAUGUAAAAUAUAUCUAAUGGAAAACUUGCAAAUACAUGCUAGAGAUUUAUCUUUUUUAAAAAAUACUUCUGGCAUUUUAGUCCAGUUUGCGUAUCAGCAUUUCAGUAUUUGUUCUGUAUGAGAUUCCUUAAGAGCAACAAUUGUGGAUGCUUCAUAAGCAGCUCAUUGAAUAAACCAUGUGAGUUAAUUUUUUUUAAUAAAACUAACUUCAGUUUUCA